CGCGCAUCGCGUCUCGCCCGAGCCCCAACCCCGGAUUGCGAACUCUGCGCAACGUGGGGCCCCGGCCCGGCCCCCCGCCACACUCUGUAUCCCACCGACCCGGCUCGCCUAGCAAGUCAGAGGUCUCUUACCCCCUCAGAGGUCUCCUGUUCCCCUGUCCCCAUAGAAGCCAACGCGCCAGAGGCAGCCUAAUGAGGGAAGAGAGGGAAAGAGGGGCACAUUCAGCCAUUUCACCUCACCAGUCCUUCUAUCCUUGGCCUCUCUUAGCGGGCCCGGCAUAUGGGUGAGGGGGUACCCCCUGGGGCCUGAGCUGCCCAGCACAGGAUGCCCCGUGGCUCCUACUUCAUGCCCUUCCUGCUACUGCUGCUCUCACUUCCCCAUAGCCAGGCUGCCUUCCCCCAAGAUCCCCUCCCCCUAUUCACCUCUGACUUACAAGGUUCUUCCCCAUUGUCCUGGUUCCGGGGACUGGAGGAAGAUGCUGUGGCUGCAGAACUGGGACUGGACUUUCAGAGAUUCCUGACCUUGAACCGGACCUUGCUAGUGGCUGCCCGGGACCACAUUUUCUUCUUUGAUCUUCAGGCUCAAGAAGAAGGGGAAGGGCUGGUGCCCAGCAAGUAUCUGACAUGGAGGAGCCAAGGUGUGGAGAACUGUGCUGUACGGGGAAAGCAGACGGAGGAAUGCUACAACUACAUUCGUGUCCUUGUUCCCCGGGACUCCCAGACGCUCCUUGCUUGUGGAACGAACUCAUUCAACCCCAAGUGCCGCAGCUACGGGAUAACUUCAUUGCAGCAGGAGAAUAAGGAGAUGGAUGGGCGGGCUCGAUGCCCCUUUGAUGCCACCCAGUCCAAUGUUGCCAUCUUUGCAGAGGGCAGCCUGUACUCAGCCACAAACACAGACUUCCAGGCCAGCGAUCCUGUCAUCUACAGAAGCCUUGGGCCUCUGCCCCUGCUCCGCACUGCGAAGCAUGACUCCAAGUGGCUUCGAGAACCACACUUUGUCCAUGCUGUGGAGCACGAAGAACACAUUUACUUCUUCUUCCGAGAAGUCUCUGUGGAGGAUGCUCGACUAGGGAGGGUGCAGUUCUCCCGUGUGGCCCGUGUGUGUAAACGUGACAUGGGCGGCUCGAACCGUGCCCUGGAUGGCCAGUGGACAUCCUUCCUGAAGCUUCGGCUCAACUGCUCUGUCCCUGGGGAUUCUACCUUUUAUUUUGACGUGUUACAGGCCUUGACUGGGCCUGUGAGCCUGCACGGCCGCUCUGCUCUCUUUGGGGUCUUCACCACCCAGACCAAUAGCAUCCCUGGCUCUGCAGUCUGCGCCUUUUACCUGGAUGAUAUUGAGCAUGGGUUUGAGGGCAAGUUCAAGGAGCAGAGGAGCCUGGAUGGGGCCUGGACCCCUGUAUCGGAGGACAGAGUCCCCUCACCCAGGCCUGGAUCCUGUGCAGGUAUGGGUGGAGCUGCCUCAUUCUCCUCUUCUAAAGACCUUCCUGAUGAUGUCCUGACCUUUAUCAAGGUCCACCCACUGCUGGACCCUGCAGUGCCACCUGCCAUCCAUCAGCCGCUCCUUACUCUCACCAGCAGGGCUCUUCUGACACAGGUAGCUGUGGAUGGCAUGGCUGGUCCCCACAGUAAUACCACCGUCCUGUUCCUUGGCUCUGAGGAUGGGGUAGUGCUGAAGUUGCUGCCCCCAGAGGGGCAUCCUGGAAGAGCUGACCCUGUCCUCUUGGAAGAGAUUGAUGCCUACAGCCCCUCCCGGUGCAGUGGGAAACAUGCAGCCCAAACAGCACGACGCAUCAUAGGGCUGGAGCUGGAUACCGAGGGUCACAGGCUCUUUGUGGCUUUUUCUGGCUGUAUCAUCUCCCUCCCUCUCAGCCGCUGUGCUCGCCACGGGGCCUGUCAGAGGAGCUGUCUGGCUUCUCAGGACCCAUACUGUGGAUGGCAUAGCUCCAGAGGCUGUGUGGAUAUCAGGGGUCCUGGUGGGACUGAUGUAGAUCAGGCUAGAAACCAGGAAUCCGUGGAGCAUGGUGACUGCCAAGACGGAGCCACUGGGAGUCAGUCUGGUCCUGGGGAUUCCGCUUACGUGCUUCUGGGUCCUGGCCCUUUCCCUGAGGCCCCCAGCCCCCCCAGUGAUGCCUCGCUGGGGUCCCAGUCUUCCACUCUUGGAGCUCACACUCAGGGUGUGCGCAGGGACCUCCCGGCGGCCUCACCCUCGCUCUCCGUCCCUGUCCCGCUCCUCCUGGCCAGCGUGGCCGCAGCCUUCAUCCUGGGCGCCUUCAUCUCUGGCCUCCUGGUGUCCUGUGCUUGUCGCCACGCGCACCGCCGAGGGAGUAAGGACAUCGAGACUGCGGGGCUCCCGCGCCCUCUCUCUCUCCGCAGCCUGGCGCGGCUGCACGGGACAGGUGCAGAGCCCCCACCGCCACCCAAGGACAACGACUCCGCACAUACGCCACAGCUCUACAGCACCUUCCUUCCCCCGCCCGAAGGCGGGUCUCCACCCGAGCUGGCCUGUCUGCCCACACCAGAGUCCACGCCCGAGCUGCCGGUCAAGCACCUCCGCGCGCCUGCGGCGCCCUGGGAAUGGAACCAGAACGGCAACAACGCUAAGGAAGGCCCGGGCCACAUGCGGGGCGGCCACGCGGCAGGUGGGGCCGCACCGCGCGUGUUGGUGAGGCCACCGCCGCCCGGCUGCCCUGGGCAGGCAGUGGAGGUCACCACGCUGGAGGAGCUGCUACGCUAUCUGCACGGCCCGCAGACGCCCUGCCAGGCUGCCGAGCCAGCGACCCCGACCCCUGUUGCGGCGCGCGCGCUCCCGCCCGAGCCCAGUCCACUGCCGCGCGAGUGCGCGCCGCCCUUGCGGCUGGACGUGCCCCCAGAUGGGGGCUGCGGGGCGCGGCCCGCGCUGUCUGCCCCUGCGCCCCGGCUGGGCGUUGGGGGGAGCCGCAGGCUGCAGUUCCACCCGCACCGCACGCCGCCUGCACUGCUCACGCGAGUGCCCUCCGGCGGACUCUCCAGGUACUCAGCGGGCGCGGGCAGGCAUCUCUACCUGGGCCGGCCCGAGGGCUACCGUGGCCGCGCCCCGAAGCGGGUGGACGCGGAGAAGCCUUCGCUGUCCCCGAAGCCGACCCUGGUCGUGCCCACCCCCCAACUGGCCGUCCCCAGAAGCAGCCACUUUAACUUUUAAGACAAGCUGCGCCACGAGUUUCGGGGUCCUAGACCCCCAUGUCCCGUGAGGCCGUGGGCACGGACGCUUCUCCAAGGACAGAUGCCCAUCCUCAAUCCGCCCACGCAUCCAGCCUUCCUGGACUCCGCGAGUCUCCGGGGAUUCUCGCCUCGGGUUAUUUAUUGACUGCCCCUCCCCCGCCCUCGAGAGUGGAGUGGGAGUCAAGACGCUCUUUCCCUCACUGAGCCCACAUUUCUAGGGGCGCUGCAGACUCCCAUUCCCCCCUCUUGUCUCCCGCCAAGCUGCCUUAACUUGCCGCCCCGGCCCCUUCCGCGGCUGGGCCCCGGGCGGGCCACCGAGGGCGGACGGACGCAUGGAUCGGGCUGGGAAUACGCGUUGUGCCGAGUUCUCGGGCCCCUGGGACUGGGACGUGCCUCUCCUACUGUGUAGGAGCCUCCGCUUCCCAAUACAGCUGUGUCCCUGA